UUCACUGCACAGCAGCCGGACAAGAAAAGACGGAGGGACUGUGCUGGAGCUUGUCGCAGGAAACACGCUACCAAAUUCCCCACAGAAUUGAUCCAUGUAGUCAGCUGUUACACGAACUCCUGGGUGGUUAGGGGGAUGUGGGAUUCCUCUCUGUGAUCCAGAGGCACAUGCUGACCAAUGAUGGGAAAGUUGUACCUGCUGCUACACCCAUCGGCUCCCCUGAGAUGAUCCCUGGAGAAGUGAAAUGUGGAUGACCGUGUGAGCCAGGGGAAUUUAACGUUUGUGCCAAGAUAUCCUAACGCUGAGCCAAAAAAGAAAUCUGAUCUAGUUUACAUAAAAAACAUACACUCACACACACUCACUCCCAAUCAGCCAUCACAAUGCUGAAGCCAGGACCGCUGUGGGCGUGCCUGGCUCUGAUAUGGUUGGGAAGCUGCAGUGCCCACAGCCUGUUUACCUGCGAGCCCAUCAAAGGGCAUCGGUGCUUGGGGAUGCCCUACAACAUGACCUUCUUUCCCAACAUGAUGGAGCACUACGACCAAGAAAUCGCUGUCAGUAAUAUGGAGCCAUUCAUGCCCCUGGCAAACCUGCGCUGCUCUCCAGAUGUCCACCGCUUCCUGUGCCAAGCCUUUAUCCCAGCAUGCACCGAGGAGAACAUGGUGAUCCGUCCAUGCAGAGAGCAGUGCGAGACUGUUCUGUCCGACUGUGAGGAGAAUAUCCGAAUCUUUGGUAUCACCUGGCCUCCUGAGCUACAGUGUGACAAAUUGGACCCAUGUAGCUCUCCUGGUGGUUCAGAACUUCCUGCAACAACCCCAAUGAGCUCCUCGUCAGCUAAGAGGGACCUUGGCUUCUGGUGCCCACUGCAGCUGAAGACCAAACCGGGCCAUGGAUCAUCGUUCCUUGGUGCCCAGGACUGUGCUCCACCUUGCUCCAACAUGUACUUCAAACCCCACGAUAUCGAAUUUGCCAAGAACUUCAUCGGCGUGUGCUCCAUCAUCUGCCUGGGCGCCACGCUCUUCACCUUCCUCACUUUCCUCAUCGACGUCAAACGUUUCCGCUACCCAGAGCGCCCCAUAAUCUUCUACGCUGUCUGCUACAGCUUUGUGUCGCUUAUAUACUUCAUCGGCUUCCUGCUGGGGAACAAUGCAGCCUGCACCAAAGCGGUUCAUCCUGCCGGUGAAGAAACAGUGGUGCUAGGCUCUCAGAGUAAAGGCUGCACUCUGCUUUUUAUGCUGCUCUACUUCUUCUCCAUUGCCGGUAUUGUCUGGUGGGUUAUACUCACCAUCACCUGGUUCCUGGCAGCUGGACCCAAGUGGAGCUGUGAGGCCAUUGAGAAGAAAGCGGUGUGGUUCCACUCGGCUGCCUGGGGGAUCCCCGGGGCACUGACUGUGAUGCUGCUGGCUCUGAACAAGGUUGAAGGGGACAACAUCAGCGGAGUUUGCUUUGUAGGGCUGUAUGACCUGGACGCCCUGCGCUACUUUGUUCUGGCUCCUCUGUGCGUGGGCGUCAUAGUUGGCCUCUUCCUCAUCCUAGCGGGCAUCGUUUCUCUCAACCACGUCCGGCAGGUCAUUCAGCACGACGAGCGCAACCAGGAGAAACUGAAGAAGUUCAUGAUCCGCAUCGCCGUGUUCAGCUGCCUCUACCUAGUUCCGCUGGUCACCCUGUUAGCCUGCUAUACCUACGAGCAGAGUCACCGCAGCACCUGGGAGACUACCUGGAUCAACGACCGCUGUCAAGAGUACAGCAUCCCCUGCUCCUACAAGACAACAGAUCACGACCGCCCUGACCUCUCCCUGUUUCUGGUGAAAUACUUAAUGACGCUGGUGGUUGGAAUAUCUGCAGUGUUCUGGGUGAGCAGUAAAAAAACCUGCUCUGAGUGGGCCUACUUCUUCAACAGGACCCGCAAGAGAGAUCCCAUCAGUGAGAGCCGCCGGGUGCUCCAGGAGUCCUGCGAGUUCUUCCUCAAGCACAACAGCCGUGUACAGCACAAGAAGAAGCACUACAAGCCGAGCUCCCACAGGCUCAAGGUCAUCUCCAAGUCCAUGGGCACGAGCACCGGCGCUGCAACCACCAAUGCCACUACAAGCAAUCAAGGGACCUCUGCACUGGGCAAUCACGAGCCCCAUGUGCACAGUUCUCUGUCUGAGGCCUCAGCCAGGGAGCACCUGGAGAGGGGCACCUCCAGCCGAAGCUCCAGGAGGGGGGAGAGGGAGAGGGAAGGGGGAGAGAGACGUAGCAAAGGGGGGAGUUCCUGUAAGAUGAGCAGCCGCUCAGAGAGCAUGCACAGAGUUCCAGAUGGGAGGGUGACUCCAAGGAGCGAGCUGUCAGAGGCCAGGCACGUCCCCAGUGGACAGCAGCAUCGGGCUUUAAACCUAUCACGCAGCAGCAUCAAGAACUCCACCCACCAGCUGGUGCACCAAGUGCCUGAGGAGAGCAAGGACACGAAGGAUAGCACCUGCUGAAACAUCUGACCCCCCCCCCCCCCCCAAAAUGUAUUUGUGCAUCCAUCCAUCCAUCCAUCCAUCCAUCCUUGAAACUAAGACAGCAGUCACGCUAUAUGCUGUUUCAAACCAUAGCACCCUUCUGUGUCAUAAACUUCAUGCAUCAGAUUAUGAUUGUAUUGGUUACAGUCAGUGAAUGUAGCCAGCAAAAUGUAACAUCCCUAGAGUAUUUCAAAUGUGGUAUGCUUGGACCAGAAUCUGGGUUUUGGCAGAGAGUUUAAAGUCGUUAGAUUAUUUAGUGUGAUCUGUGUCUUGUCAGCUUUACUGAGCUUUUGGCCUUUUACUAUAUACCUGAAUGUUGCAGCAGCACAGCUGUGAUCCACCUAUACAACUACCAAUGGUCUUUUAACUUGAUAGCAUGCAUUAAAAAAUGUUAGGUCCACUGUUUGUACAUGUGUAGCUCAAUGUCAUAGAAUGCAUACUAGAAAGCAAAUGCAAUAUUUAUGUAAAUAUUCAAUUUUUUAGAAAUGAAGUCUUUCACUGGACGAGUCGCUACACUGAGAGCUAUGUUUAGAAAGGUCAUGAUAUUGCCAAACAUUUAACAUAAGGAGAGUCUUCCUAUGGUAAACUGUUUUUUGAAUGUCUUAUUGUUCUUCCUAGAAAGCUGCUUCGUCUCAAAACCUCAUCUUGUAAUUUACAUUAUUACUCCUUUGAAAAAAGGUAUACUCUUAAACUAGAUAUACAGUAGCUGAGUUUUCUUUCAAAGCACUGUACAUUUACUUGAUGUUUGUUUUGUGUUCCUACUUUUUUCUGUUGUACAAACACUUAUUGUGUCUUCAAAGAAGUGUCCUAUGAAUUUGAAGUAUAGCUUUAUAGUUUUCUACAACAAUGUGCCUUCCUUUGAGUAGUUCCUCAUUUUCAAAGAACUUCAAAGAACCUCCAGAUGUUUUGCAUGUGUGACGUCUACCUGUGUUCUUGGUCUGGGUGUAAAUUCAUAUGAUUUAGAAUCAAACAGGCUUUGCACUAUUUGUCAUUGGAAGCACAAACCACUACUAAUUGAGUAUAAAAAGUCAUAAACAAAAAUAAAUAGAGAAUCUGGGGCUUUGUUCAGGGGUUAUUUAUAGCAUAUGGUCAUGGAUCAUAUAAUUCUCUCUCAAUUACUUCCAGACCCACGUCUGUGAUGUAUUUGAAAAUCUCUCAUGCUGUACUGUCUUUUUUGCUGAGUAAGGGAUUGAUCCUUCCAUUGAGGUUUAUACCUUUUUAUAUAAGGGAGUCAACAAUUCCAAUAACGCCAAUUAAAAGGGAAUCCUUGUCAGUCCCUUUCUGUAUAUUCUUAUUCUGGCAUGUGGACGGGGUCUUACCCACAACUAAACUUAACGUAGUCUUUGAAAUGCUCUUUAAAACUUUUGUGUGCCGUUUUUACUGUUUUUUUAUGUAGCCUAUUUCGUCAGCUGAAUUUUGUAUCAAUCCAAUUUCAUUUUAAUAAAAUAUAAUUGAAUAAA